AUCUUCAAUGCCGGCCAUGCUUGAUUUCCACACGCCAAAAAGAAGAAGUUUUUUGUGCGUUUCCGCUUUGCAUAUGAAAAUGUCAAACUGAUUUGUGCGUUGUUAACCAAAGAAUUAGUAAAUAAAUGUUUAUAUUUGGCGUCUUUUUUAAUUUAAUUGGGUGUACAUUAUGUGGAUGGAGGAACAAGAUUCGGGUGAACAAAGCUUUGUUUAUCUGAGCGAGAAUCUUUCUCACGAUUGGACCAAAGAAGGAACGCUCGCCCUCCAGAAUUGCCACAUAUCGUACCUGGAGCUAUUUGAAAACGGAACAUUUAAAACAAAAAGAGAUAUGUAUGAAGCAAUUUCCUUACAUUUGGCGAAAGCUGGUUACAAUUACACAGCUAACCAAUGCUACAACAAGUGGAGAACUAUGCAAAAAUGGUAUCUGCGACAGCUUCGCAAACCUUCUCAAAAAACCACAAUCAUCAAACAGGAGCCAAUAUCUGAUGAAGAAGUUGAUGUAUGCAACGGGCUUGAUAAUGAAGAGACAAGAGCUAAACGCGCAACUAAAAGGCCUGCCCCACAGCCUCCAAAUUUUACUGAUUUAUUAGGUCAUAUUCAGAAUAACAUUAAUAAAAAUUCAAAAGAUUUAAAUGAGAAGCUUGACGCACAUUUGGAAAUAUCUAGAAAGACCUGUGAAAUUCAUGCUGGUUUGCUCAAGGUUUUGGAAAGUGUAUGGCAAAAUUCGGAUGAAGUGUUAGAGCUAAAGCGACAGAAGUUAAACAAACAAGAUGAAAUUAUAAACCAGAUGAAAAUCCAAAACAAACUUUUAAGUAAAAUAAUAGAAAAAAUCAAUAAAAACGGUUAA